UAGGUAUGUGGAGUGAUUCAGUUUAGAAAAAACACUAUGAUAAUUUAGUUGAUAAGGAUUUUCCUCUAGUUCAAGUGAAAUAUGUUUAAGUUUAGUUUUCUUUUUGUUUUUUUCGUACUAUUUUACUACAACGAAGCUUUAAACCAAUUAUGUUCAGUGAGAAAAGAAGAGAAAAAUUGUAUCUGUAAACGCAUCACCGACAACGAAGAUUUAAUUGCUACAGAAGCUGACUGUGUAAGAACAAAUUUCGACUAUUUCCCAACUUCAGACCAACUACCUGAAGAUUUAAACCUCCUAGACUUAUCACACAAUUCACUUACAAAAUUAGACGCAACAGAAACGCAAUUUUCAAGUGUGACCUUAGAAACGUUGAAAUUAUCUUACAAUGCAAUUAAUUUUAUCAGUUAUGGAUUCUUCGCCACUAUUCCCAACCUAAGAAGAUUAGAUUUGAGUCACAACAACAUUACAAGUCUUGACAGUGACGAAAUUUUUCAAAGAAACCCAAAAAUUACUCAUUUGGAUUUGAGUUUCAAUCAUAUUCAUACGAUACAAGCCGCGACUUUCUUGCCACUUGUCGAAUUACAAGUUUUGGAUUUGAGUUACAAUGACCAUUCUCUCGGAGAGUGGCUAAGUCAAGUCCCGAUUUUAUCCGACUCCGGAUUGGACAUAAAUCUCAAUAUUAUGACUCUUAACCUCGACAAUAUUGGCCUCAAAGACGUGAAAAAUGUAUUUUUCAGUAACUACACAUAUUUGACGCAUUUAUCUUUGGCCGAUAAUCUAUUUACUGAAGUCCCUCGAGUUCCAUACAGUCUUGAGUAUUUGGACUUGUCUGGGUCAGACAUUUCAGUACUCCAAGCCAAACAUUUAAGUUAUCACUCACUCAAAGUUUUGAAACUCGAACGAUUGAAAAUGCUUGAGACUAUCCACCACUAUGCCUUCUACAAUUUGGAAGCACUUGAGGAAUUGUCGGUGAAGCACUGUCACAAUUUAAGGGAGUUUAACGAAUUGGUUUUUGGAGCCUUGCAAAAAAAUGAAGUAACGAAUUUGAGAAAGUUGUCUUUGGCUGGGAAUGGCUUACAGAGUUUGAACUCGACAUAUAAGUACCUUUUCCGAAAAUUGGACUUUAUUGAUUUGACGGAUAACCCGUGGAAAUGCGACUGUGAUCUAUUGUGGUUGCAAGAAUUUGACAAUUUGUACAGAAGCGAGAACGUCAAGUGUUCUUCCCCAUUAUCUCUCCGCUCCAAACAACUCUUCGACGUGACCGACCAAAACGUCCCAACUUGCUACCCCCAAAAAUACGGCAAAAAGUCCCACCGAGUCCUCAUCGCCUUUUUAAUACUCCUCGUCCUAAUUCUCGCAGCUCUGGUCGGCUAUUUAUUUUACUAUUCUCCGAAUUGGUGGUCCGGAAACAGGUCUCGAGGAAUCGGCCCUCAGUCGCCCUACAGCACGACAAGAAUAGGCGACGAAUGACUUAACAUUUGUUAACAAAUUUAAUAAAAUUAUUUCACGUUU